AUGUCGUUUUUCCAAAACUUCAAUACUCAUACAUUGAGAUCCACCAGAGGAUUCAAGUUGAAAUCCCCUUCACCAGACUCCAAGCCUAUGCCACACUCCAUGGCUUCAAACUUGCCGCCUUUGCCAAAUCUUUCAGCACAGGAGUCUCCAGAAUACAACUCAAACCUGCCGUUCCAAACGGUUUUGGCGACACCAGGAACACAAAACAUAACCUCACACAAGGAUAUCCGGAACUAUGCUGAGCAGACCUUGGGCUCCGAUAACGCGCUAAUCAAGGCAGUCAAACUUCCCAAGGAUGAGGAUGUCAACGAGUGGCUAGCUGUCCAUGUGGUUGAUUUCUAUAACCAAAUCAAUAUGUUGUAUGGUUCCAUCACCGAGUUCUGCUCGCCUCAAACAUGUCCUAGGAUGAUUGCCACAGAGGAGUAUGAGUAUUUGUGGCAAGAUACCUCAGCUUCAGGGAGUGGAGGAGUCACGUUGAAGAAGCCAGUUUCAUUACCGGCUUGUGAGUACGUGGAGAAUUUGAUGAACUGGAUUCAAAACUUCUUCGACAACGAUAACAUUUUUCCAUCCAAGAUCGGUGCUCCUUUCCCCCAACAAUUUCCAACUUUGGUGAAAACCAUCUUCAAGCGUCUUUUGCGUAUCUAUGCGCAUAUUUACUGUCAUCAUUUCCAUGAAAUCUCCGAGUUGGGCUUGCAAAGUCAUCUCAAUACAAGUCUAAAGCACUACGUCUUGUUUAGCAACGAGUUUGACUUAAUUAGUCGGCGUGACUACGGUCCUCUAGAGGAUCUCGUACAGACAAUGUUGAAGAUUUAA